AUGGGCCGGCGACUCUUCCUCUCGCACCUCGAAGAGGUGGCAGUCGCCCCUCCCACCGGCGUCUCUGGCAUCCACUCACCCGAUGAAGGCUUGACGGCAUUUAUCUUCUCCUACACCAAAGCUGACCAACCUUGCUCGUGUAACCUCAAGCUUCUCAUGACAGAUGUUGACGAGUAUCCGGAAGGCAACACAUACAUGCUCUUCACAGACGAUGAGACCGCCGACCAGAACAUCACGAAUACUCUCGACACCAUGACUGCCGUGCUGAUUGGACAACCUCUUGCGAACGCCCUAAUCGAAAUCUCCCGGUCUUUACUGUCAGCAGUAACACAUGGUCAGGCUAGCAACCCCAUUGCCUUAGAUGUUUCCGACCCCGUGGAGCAAGAGGAGGAGGAAGAUUUCGAAGACGAAUUUCUCGACUACGAUUCAGAUGACGACUUCGGCUUUGAUAUCCCCUCAACGCGCCCCGCCUCUACUACAGGCUUAGGCGCUGCUUCGGGAUCUCAUCAGCGAACGUCGUUAGGCGGCGUUGCUGACCUUCAGAAAAUUCGAUCUGACCUCCGGGCUACGAAGCAGGCGGGAUUCCGAGUUGGGACCCAUGGCGACCUACUCACCGGCGGCAUCGUCUGCGUGUCAAUCAGGGUCACCAGGCUGGGUAUUUCCGAAGAAGCUAUGCAAGCUUGGGGGCUGCGGCGAUCUCACUACCUCGCUCUCAUGAUCAGGUUCCCUCGUGGUUACCGGGAUCUUAGGCAAGUCCGAGCAGAUGCUGUUCUGUCUGGGCAGACUGAGAUGCGAGUGGCUCUUUGUGAGCAUUACAAGCCUAGCAGAGAAGCUGCAUUCGAAGCUUUUGGUCAUGUCCAUGCCGUGAAGACGGAAGAAGGAGCUGCUCUUGAAGCUCUGUUCAUUGGGUCACCACUAAACGAGCUUUUGCGAGACCGAUUUUCGAGAAUCUUGAAGUUUCGAGAGUCUUAUGGAUCCAACUGGCCAUCCGCCGAAGCCUUCGUCUACGGAGUCCAAGGCAAGGCUGUAUCUGCUGUUGACCACCUCGCCGUUGAUGACUACAUGCUACCGGACGACACUUCAGGCAAGGCGCUCCCUGACAUCGUCAAAGCUGAUGCUGCUGAUGGACAGAAUCUGACGAACGUCUCGCUUCCUCUGGUUGCCAUGCAGUUUGUCCUUCGCCACUUUGUCCGCUGUACUGAGUUCUGCUUGGUUUGCCACUGCAAGGUCGAAGACACAUUCGAGGCUCUCAAGCCCUACGUUUGCUCACGCCCUUUGUGUCUGUAUCAGUACAUGGCUCUAGGCUUUGGACCAAGUAUCGAAUGGGAGGUCCUAUCGCAGCCGUACGUUGUCGACCUUUUGGUGAGCUUCUGCUACUCUGCAGCAAAGCAAGGUCGCCUGAAGGAAUUCCCAGUUGGCAUUGACCUCAAGGUACCCAUGCUACCUCACUACAGUAACAAUCUUGCCUAUCGUUCCUACUACCAGCAUAACACUUCCUCUUCCAAAGCGAAGGCGAAAACUUAUGCCUGCACAUUUGCGGCCAAGAUCGACCACAGAAGCAACGAGCUCGUACUAGAAACCGAUCAACAGCAGCAGAUCGCAUCCUUACGUGUCGGUGAUUGGAUGGUUAUCUGUUCUAAGGACAACACCACAGACUCCCAUUACCGAGUGGAAGGUAUUGUGUUUCCAGUUAUCAAGCUCGGCAAUCCCGUUCACACCAAUGGUGCUGUGAAAUCUAAUGUCGUUGUUGAAGACAUAAGAGCAUUGGCAAAGCAUCCGGCAGCCCAAUCUACUGCCCGACCUUCAACGCCGCCGGGGGCCACGCCUUCUGCGACGGAUGCGGUAGAGUGCUACUGCUAUGACUCCCGUUUCGAUGAGAUCUCCUCCACUGAGCAACAGCAUGCUAUCAGCCUUCUCCUCGAUGUCCUGCCUCGCGUGACAGAUAUGCAACAGUACCUCCAACAGCAGGUCGGCCACGAGGCCUCCCUGAAGACGUGGCGGGAUCGCCUUCCGGAGCCUGCGCUGAAUCUCCUCCGAUGGAUAAUCGCGUCGAAUCGUUCAUGCAUCAUGCAGGUCGAUCAUCUGGCCCAAGACAAGAAGAGUGUCUCUAUGAUGGGUCCUACCAACGAUGACCGCGUCGGCGGUAUGGACGAGUGGAUGCAAUUUCGAUUUGCGCAGGGUGCACCGGACAAGGAGCAGCGAUUCAUUGAUGCGGUCAACCGUGAGUCUUCUGGCAAGCAAUACCCGACUUUCUUCGCAUGGCACGGUAGUCCAAUCGGCAACUGGCAUUCCAUCAUUCGGCAGGGUUUGCGUUACGAUGAGACCUUGCACGGCAGAGCCUAUGGCAACGGGGUCUACAUGAGUCACCAGGCCCUUACAAGCCUCGGAUAUUCGAACAUGCACCACGGUGAUGGCUCAAUGACUUGGCCUGGCAGCGCUCUCAAGAUCACGAAUGCUUUGUCCUUGCAAGAAGUUGUAAAUGUUCCAGAUCAGUUUGUGGCUAGAUAUCCUCACUACGUGGUCUCGGAUAUCGAUUGGGUCCAGACUCGGUAUCUGUUUGUCAAGACAGAGUUGAAACACAUCAACAACAACACAGGAUCUGCUAUGGAGUAUGUCCAGGACCCCAAGAUGGCCGCUUUGGGCGAAUCUGGCAAGGCUGUUCGCGUUCCAACCACUGUGGUGUCAAAAUCUAGGAGACCGGCAACAGGACAAGCUUCCAGCAAGCAUGGUAGCAAGAAGUCUAAGACGACUACCAUGAUUGAUCAGGCUACCGCCGAGCAGCUCGAAGAUGAUGCCAACAGCGUUGUUUCAGACGAGGAAGAUCUGGCGUUGUUGACUACCGAUGGCGAGGACUCCGACGAGAUGUCUAUCGAUGAAGACUACUCUGGCGGCUUCCAGGGUGCUCUGCAGACUACAGAUUCAACGACCUCGAGCAAGAAGCGACCUCUCGACGCGGGCGAAACUGACUUCCAGCCAGGAACGGUGGACGUCAGCAACAUCAAAUUCCUCCCGCCCCCGGCUGAUGCUACUCCGUCUGCCACUAAAGCGCUAAUGGGGGCUUUCAAGGAAUCUUUGAAGGUCCAGGAGAGUACUCCGCUGCACAAGCUUGGGUGGUACAUUGACCCAGAUUACAUCGAGAACGUCUAUCAGUGGAUUGUCGAGUUGCACUCGUUCAAUCAUACACUACCCCUGGCAACGGACAUGAAGAAGGCUGAUAUCUCUUCGAUCGUGCUCGAGAUGCGAUUCACCAACCAGUUCCCCUUCGCCCCACCCUUCAUCCGGGUAGUCAAGCCACGUUUUCUGCCUUUUAAUCAAGGCGGAGGUGGGCACGUCACAGAAGGUGGUGCAAUCUGCAUGGAGUUAUUGACCAACACUGGGUGGUCUGCAGUGACAUCAAUUGAAAGCGUGCUGUUGCAGGUUCAGUUGGCCAUGUGUGAUGAAGAGCGUCCUGCUCGAUUGAUUCAGAAGAACAAGGGUCAUGCUGGUGGCCGUGGAGACAGCUACGAAGUUGGAGAGGCUGUGGCUGCAUACGAGCGUGCAUGUCGGGCUCAUGGUUGGCAGAUUCCAGAGGGUUUCAGCCAGUUUGCGAUGACCCAGACAGGUGGCCCCCAUUUGUGA